CAAUCCAGCAGUAGAAUACGAAGGCAGUGCCCGCGGAUGUGAAGGGGACGUGAAAAGCCAUUCAGACAAAACUAGGCCAUUCAGAGAACCCCUUUUUCCUUUUCUUUUGAUGGAUGAACUGUCUACCGUCUCCACGACAUUUCGGUUAUCGACCCCUUCCACCUUUCUCUGUCUCUUUCAUUCUGGCUAACUGUCUCUAUUAUAAAUUGUUCCUUACUGGUAUCAGUGGGCCCGGUAACUGGUUCUAUCAUGAUUUUAUAAAUCUAAUCUAUCAUCUUGCGUGAGCAGUAUCCCGCUGCUUUUUAACUAAAUUUAUAGUAGGAACAGCUAUUAUUGCUGAUUGAUUUCCACAAAAUUCCGUCAUGUAUGUUAGACAAUGUGGUCGUACCGACUACAAGCAUUGUCGGUAAAAGAUGAUGUGAGUUAAUGGCGAUUGCUUGCGUUUUAGCUUUCGCCGGAAUUACUGGUGUCCACGUACGUGUUCAGCAUCCUUUGUUUUUUUCUCACGUGGUAUGCCUGAAAAAUCAGAAACACUUUAAGCUUUGACAGUAUUUUGCGUAGUAGAAAAAUAUAAGAGCAUCAGGUAGAGUGUAGGGAAGAACGAGUAAAAAGCGAGUGAGGAUGAGCUUUUCCAUCUUUGGCGAAGCAAACCGUAGCUUUCUCUACAAACAGUGACACGCUGGAGGCUAUUCCGCAGCUCAUAUAUAGCCUGAAAUUUCAAACUUUUCCGAUCAGAUAGACUUCGUUAGACUAGUGAACAGCUCUUCCAAAUGAAGUACCUAAUAGCUGCCUUCGUCACUCUCCUCAUCGCUUCUUCUUCGGCGUUUUCUGAUGGUCCUCAAACAAAUCAUACAAGGAUUAAACGACAGUUCUCAUUGGGUAGUAUUCCAAUAGUUUUAACUAAUAACGGCCUAACAACCUUGGUCGAUCUGGUGGUAAAAGCUGGAUUGGCAGAAGCUCUUUCCGGGCCAGGACCCUUUACUGUAUUUGCGCCGAUUAAUAAUGCUUUCACCACCGUGGAUCCAUCAAUCCUCAAUGCCAUUUUAAGUGACAUUACAGCUCUAAGAAAAGUUAUUGCCUAUCACGUCGUGGAAUCAACUCUACCAGCUGCAUUGUUCAAAAACGAAUUGACACCACUCUCCGCUUCAGGUGAAAACCUUCGCGUCAACGUUUACGAUUCUGGAGAUGCAAAAACGGUGACUAUCAACGGAGCGUUAAAGAUAAGAACUUUAGAAGCAACCAACGGGGUCAUCCACGUAAUCAAUAAAGUUCUUAUACCAGAGCCCAAAAGCAACAUCAUAGAGGUUUUGGAAAAGAAAGGCAACUUUACGACACUUUUGACUGCGUUGGCCGUUGCUGGUUUAACAACAACCAUUCAAAAUGCGGGACCAUUCACGCUGUUUGCUCCAACCGAUGACGCUUUUAGGUCUCUCCCAGCUGGAACUCUAGACUCUUUGAUUACCAAUCGAGAAGAGCUAAAGAAAGUUUUGCUAUCUCACGUUGCGUCUGGUACUCUUUACAAACGGGGACUUUCUUCUGGUCUCGUCCCUGUCAUCGCCGGUGGUAACGUUAAAGCUGCUGUAGGUUUUAACGGAGCCAUGUUUGGCAAUGCUCAGAUGAUCGAGACGGACCUUUUUGCGUCUAAUGGAGUCAUUCACGUCAUUAACUCUGUCAUCCUUCAUUCAGUCGGUCAAACACCAAAAGUUGUUUUCAACCAACCAUCAAAAGCUGUUGACAACCAACCAACAAAACCUCCUGUUAAUCAACAGAAAACAAGAGUAGCCCGCACCAUUGCGUCAAUAUUGAACGAGAAUGGGCUAACUACGCUGGCUGAUUUACUCGUGAAAGCUGGUUUGGUCAAUGUCCUUUCUCAGCAAGGUCCUUUUACGCUCUUUGCUCCCACAAACGACGCUUUCAACGCUGUGGAUUCGGUCACAUUGAAUGCGCUUUUGCAAGACGUUAAUCUUCUAAAACGUGUUCUGACUUACCACGUUGUUCCGUCCGCCAUACCUCCUGUAUCUAUUAAAAACGAACUGGUCACAAAUUCGCUAGCCGGUGAAAGUCUUCGCAUCAACGAGUACAAUAACAGAAAGGUGGUUACCAUUAACGGGGCUCUAAGGUUGAAGGCUCUGGAAGCUGAAAACGGCAUCGUUUACGUAAUCGACAAGGUCCUCAUACCAGAUAAUAAUAAGAGCAUCAUCGUUAAAGUUCUUGAAACUAAAGGAAAAUUCACGACUUUGAUGACGGCGCUUGUUGUUUCUGGAUUGAAAAAUCACCUUGACUCAGCCGGACCUUUCACUCUGUUCGCACCAUCCGACGAUGCUUUUAAAGCCCUUCCGGCUGGUGUACUGAAUUCUUUAUUUACGAAUCCGAGUGAAUUGAAAAAGGUUCUGCUUAGUCACGUCAUUCCCACCACCGUGUAUAGCCGAGGACUUUCUAGUGGUCAUCUAAAUCUCGCUCGAGGAGGAAAAGUUGCUGUAACUGUGAGCCAAAGUGGUGUGAAAAUAUCAAAUGCAAACAUAAUUGAAGCCGAUCUUGCUGCAGCAAACGGUGUAAUUCACGUCAUCAACAAUUUAAUCUAAUUCCCACCUUCCUUCGUGGGAAAUCUCUCGAUAAAAAUUAUGUCUCCUAAUUAGAACUUUCUUUCCGUGAUAUUGCAAAACGCAUUAUAGGUUCCGUUACUCGCUUGCGGGAGUGGAUGUAUAUGAUACAUCUUAAGAAAAUAUCACGUUUUUUUUUUGUCAGCCACACUUGCACUUGCAAUUAAUUGGUAUCUCAUGUGUAAGACUUGCGCUGCUGAUUCUAUUUCUUUUGUAAUCACAAGGACACCAGGCUGAAUUUGAAUACCCUUGUUGUUCUUUUCUCGGCUUCCUCAUCCGGCAGAUUAAAAACGCGUUAGAACAUUAA